GUAAGAUUUAAUCUUUCCAAUAACGUCCCUUUUGGCAGAAUCACAUUUUUAAUAACAUUUUGGGAAAUUAAAACUCCUCUUUCAGUCUUUAGUGGGAAACAAGCGACAGGUCGGUGAUGGGGGGAGGUACCAGCGUGGCUCCUCAGCCUCGGCCCCGGCAGCGUCUCGGGGGCUUUUCCCCCUCAGGGCUUCUCCCUCCUCAGGGACCUUCCCCGCCGCUGCCCUGAGGCGCCCCCGGCCCCCCGCGCUGCUGCCCUCAGGGAGCGCCCGCCAUCUCCCUUCCCUGAUCAGCACUUUCGCCCCUCGACAACGAGCUGUUAAAAUAAUCCCCCGCCGCCUCCUGCCCCCUCCGCCCGGUCUCCUCUUCCCUCCCGGAGCGGGACCGCGGCGCGGUGCCGUGAGGGUCUCCGGGGCGGGCGGGGAAAAGCGCGUGGGGAGGACUCGGCGGUGAGGAAUCUGCGGCCGCGGAACGGCGGCGGCUGCGCGGGGGAGGCGGCCGGACAAGAUGGCGGCGCUGGGCAAGCAAUAUGGGCUUAUUAUGCCCAAAAAGUUGCCACAGAAAAAUCUUGUUUCAAAGAAGCUCUCGGUGUUUGCAGAUGAAUCAGAUGAAGAGCCAACUGUUGGGGAGAGUCUUCAAAAAGAGGCAUUGAAAAAGCAAGCAAUGAAACAGACUAAACUGGAGAUCCAGAAGGCUUUAGAAGAAGAUGCUACAGUUUAUGAAUAUGACAGUAUUUACGAUGAAAUGCAGCAGAAGAAGAAAGAAAGCAGUGCCAAAAUGUUAGCUGGAAAUGAUGACAAAAAGCCCAGAUACAUCCACAAUAUCCUCAAAGCAGCCGAGAUUAGAAAGAAGGAACAAGAAAGAAGAAUGGAAAGAAAAAUUCAGAAAGAGCGUGAAAUGGAAGGAGGAGAGUUUGCACACAAAGAGGCUUUUGUGACUUCAGCCUAUAAGAAGAAGCUGCAAGAGAGAGCUGAGGAGGAGGAGAGAGAAAGAAGAGAAUCAGCUCUCGAGGCAUACCUGGAUGUGACCAAACAGAGGGAUCUCAGUGGAUUCUACAGACAUCUUUUAAACCAGCGUGUGGGGGAAGAAGAGAUGCCUAAAUGCAGCUUCCGUGAAGCCAGGAUAAAGGAAGAAAAACCUGACAGUCAGGAUGAACCCAACGAAAGGAACAAAUGCCUGUUGGAAACACAAAGAGUGAAGCCCUCUAAGAAAGAAAAUAAUCCAGAUGCUGAUACCGACCUAGGAACUGAUAGUAGUGAUGAUGACAAGAGACACAAACAUAGUAAAGUAAAUGUGAAAAAGAAGAAAAGAAGGGAGAACUCUGUGAGCAGUGAAGAGGAGGUUAAACAUCACAAAAGCCAGAGGCAUUCCAGAUCACCAAGCUCAUCCAGUGUGGAGGAAGAGCCACGCACCAAAGCCCAAACAAGUCAUCAGAGGGGAGAGAGCAGGCCAAGCAGAAGGGGAAGUGAUGAACAGUACAGGGAAAAGGAUUAUGAGAGAAGUAGGACCCAUGAAAAGGAUCACCAGAGGGAAAGGGAAGAGCGACACAGGCACGGGGAUCACACUAAUAGAGAUCACUACAGGAGGAGGGAAGAUCAAGAUGAUAAACAAAGGGGCAAGGAAAGAAAAGAGCAGGAGGGUCAUGGCAGAGAAUGGAGGAGGGCAAAGGAGAGAGAGGAGAAGGGCUCAGAGAAGGAACGAGAGAAAGAAAGAACAAGAAAUGAUAAAGAUAGAUAUAAUGACAGAGAGAAGGAGAGGGGAGAGAAAUACAGAGAAAGGGAAGAUCGUGCAAAGGAGAGGAGAGAGAAAUAUGGCAGUGAGGAAAAGAAAUACAGAGAGAGGAGAGAAAGUACUCCUACAUCUUUAGGAAAAGAUGGGGAGAGUGAUCUGGGAAAAGAGAGAAAGGGAAAAGACAGAGAGGUGGAUGAGAAGGGAAGCACCAGCUCUGGAGUGUCUGAGCAGAAACGUAAAGCUGGAGAAGAAGGGGAGAAAGAUGAGAAGGAACAAGCACAGAAAGCACCUGAGACCCUGAGCAAAUUUGCCAAAAGGAGCAACGAGGAGACGGUGAUGUCAGCACGGGACCGGUACCUGGCCCGGCAGAUGGCCCGGGUCAGCACCAAACCCUACAUCGAGAAGGAGGAGGAUUGAUGGCCCUGGGCUGGGCACAAACACCUGGGAAAGGCCACUGCUGUGCAGAUCCUUGUACAGAAAAGGUUAUCCUACCUGUUUAUUCCUGGCUUUCCUUUGAGAAGUUGUGUGUCCCUUAAGAGAAAACUUUUGGAAUGGAUCAGUGGGUCUCUUGACACACACCCUUAGUCUGUCUGUACAGGUGAAAUGUUAAAUGUGGCUGACUGUCCACCCUGCCCUUCAGUACCAUGUCCUUGGUAUGUGAGGAUUUUGGACAGACCUGGGAGUAUAAAACAGUGUAAGGUGAGAAUGCAUCCCCCUGCUCCUUUCAGUAGCCAAAACAGUGAGCUCUGCUGAAACAAAGGUGUUCUCAGCCCAUAGGAGGAUGUGUUGCCCACUACUGCUCUCAAAAAUGGGAAGUAAACCUGUAAAAGUGGGUAAAAAAUGCAAGAAAACCAGCCUGAAUAAUGAUCUAGGAGAUUUCUGUAUGUAGAGUGGAGUUUUGUAAGAUAUAUGCAUAUUGAGGUAUGAAUUUUGUAUUAUGUGUGAGUUUUGGUCUGGGUUCUUGAUGUACAGAAACAGUUAAUAAAGUGUAAGAUACAUUUUGGAUCAAA